GAUUAGCAAGCAAAACGUCAAAAUUGCACAACAAAAAGCUGCAAAACAUAAAAAAGUGAAAACGCAUCUCAAAGUUUUAUGAAUUUUUCGCAAUAUUUCGUUUAAAUUUGGUCGAAUUUGAGUACCUCAAUCAUCGAAAACAUUGCAAAAAUUGAGGUGAGGGAAAGUACAGAACGACGCACGUCUAAACCAAGAUGAACGACGCCAAGGUUAGCGUAGGCUUUUCGUGCCAGCGCUGUCUGCAACCGAUACACAUCGAUGACUCCUUCGCGGCCCUGGGGGAACACACACUGGCCGAAUUGGCACUCCCCAUUAAUUCACAUAUGGAAGUGGACAUCGAAUCGCAAUCGGCCAGUAUGGACCACUUCGUUCCGCCGUUUCGAUUUGCGGAGUGCAGUGGGACCGAUACCAAUGGAUUCAUGCUGCUCUCGGACGGGCCGGAUCGGGAUUUGCUGAGCCAGAAUCUGAGGGUCAAAGCGGAGCUGUUCGAUACGCUGUCGAACAAUUCGGAAAUUGAUCAUCCGCUUUGUGACGAGUGUACGGACACUUUGCUGGAACUGAUGGACAAGCAGCUGAAGAUGGCCGAGGACGAGUGGAAUGAUUAUAAUAACUAUUUGAAGAAGUUGGAACUGACGGACGAUGUGCCGAAUGUGGAUUUGCUGGAGAAAGAGCUGAACGAUCUGAAAGGAGAGGAGGAGCGAUUGUUGCAGGAGUUGUCCGAGUUGAGCAGGGAGGAAGAUGCCAUCAAGUUGGCCGUUAAGGAACAGGAAGUGGAGAAGCAGAGGCUUGGCAAUGAGGAAGAGAAAUACUGGCGAGAGUAUACCAAGCACCGAAGGGACGUUAUUACGACGGAGGAUGAAUUCCGGUCGCUCGAGUGCCAAUUGUCGUACGCGCAGCUGCAGCUAGAUAAACUAAAGAAAACCAACGUGUUCAACGUUACGUUUCACAUCUGGCACUCGGGGCACUUUGGCACCAUUAACAACUUCCGGCUGGGAAGGUUGCCUUCGUCGCCGGUUGACUGGGCGGAGAUCAACGCUGCCUGGGGACAAACUUGCCUCCUGCUGUCCGCUUUGGCGCGCACGAUGAAUCUCACGUUCAAGAAUUACCGGCUGGUUCCUUAUGGGAAUCAUUCGCACAUAGAAGUGCUGAGCGAUGGGAAGGAACUGCCACUGUACGGGAGCGGAGGCUUCCGGUUCUUCUGGGACACGAAGUUUGACGCGGCGAUGGUGGCCUUCCUGGACUGUCUGCAACAAUUCAAGGAGGAAGUGGUCAAAAAGGAUCCGGACUUUUGUCUGCCGUACCGGAUGGAGAAAGGCAAGAUUGAGGACUCGGCGACGGGGAACAGCUACUCGAUCAAAAUCCAGUUCAACUCGGAGGAACAGUGGACCAAAGCGCUUAAGUUUCUGCUGACGAAUUUGAAGUGGGGACUCACCUGGGUGUCCUCCCAGUUCACGGAGGAAAAACCAUCGGCAUGAUCGGUCUGGUCGGCAGUGAUGUAAGCGUGUUGAUAUUUAUUGAUUAUUAGCUUUCUAGCUUUAAUAAGCGAAUCAUAGGUUUAAAAGACAAAUCCUGUUGUCGAGAAAGUUACACUUUUAGAAUGUUGAUGUAUAUAUUCUUGGUAUCUUAGACAUAAAUUAUGAACCCAAUGUAAAUGCUGUGAUGUAGUUAUUUAUCUCGAGAAAAAAAUAUCUGAUUUCCGUGUUGUCCUUGCAUUUGAA